AUGAAAGGACGCAGAAAUGGUCUUGCCAAAACUAGACAAAGGUCCCAGCAACGUCUUUCUGCUGAAAAUUCGCAGUUGAGGAGUUCUCUGUCUUCACUAGAAGCAGCCAACCGAUCCUUACUCGAGCGACUAGAGCAGAGUGAGAGGGAAAACCGAAGAUUGUCGCUCCAUGCAGCACUUUUGGUGAACGUUAUGGCGAAUAAUUCAGCAUCUGGACCAGCCCCAUCUGCUGCACCGGCACCCUCUGCUGCACCCUGUCCUGAUUCCGCCCCCUCACCUGGACCUGCAUCCUCCACUGAUUCCACACCCCCUCCUGGACCGACACCAUCUCCUGGAUCCUCACCCUCUCCUGGACCAUCUUCUGGAUCCUCUCCUGAUUCCACAUCCUCUUUUGGACCGACAUCCUCACUUGGACCGACACCAUCCCCUGGAUCAGCAGCAUCUCCUGGAUCCUCACCUUCUACUUCUGACCGAUCAAGCACCCCGACCACUCAGUCCAGUUCUCCAGCACCUCCCAGUUCUCCAACACCUCCUACAUCCCCUUCAGUCUGUCGUGUUGUGCUGUCUGCCAUGGGCAGUAUAACAUUGUUGAGAAAUCUACAAGGGGUUUGGCUUCCACUUUUGAGUUCAAGUGCCAAAAGUGUAAAACUAUAG